AUGUCCCUGCAGACACUCACCGUGACCGCUGUUCCCGCCUUUCAGACGGGCCUCGUGCCCGACAAUGGACGCAACAUCCCGCACGACCUCAUCGUAACAUCGGUCAAGAAGGUCAACUCGACCUUGCCCUUCCUCCUGACCGCGGCAAUGGGCCUCGGCAUCAUUGUCGCAGACUGGUCCCUCCACCUGCCCUGGGAAUGGCGCCUCCUCCGCACACGCUCCCGCUGGAAGCUCUCCCAUUUGGCCUAUUUUUGCUCACGCAUCGGGGGCUUUUCGCUUGCCAUCACUGCCGUGCUCCACCAAUUCGUCGGCAACUUUGCCCCGGACGCAGAGGAGAUGGGUAGGGACCGUUGGCACAAUGCUGAUUUCGCCUGCUCCUCGGUCAAGAAGGCCAGCAAUGUCUUUGCCGUCCUCUCCAUCGCCGGUAGCACGGGCAUCCUCUUGCUGCGCUGCCUCGCGCUCUGGAGGUUCAAUCGCGCCGUCAUGGUGCCCCUUUGCCUGCUCUGGCUCGCCACCCCCGUCUUCAUCUUCGUGAAUGUCUUCAACCUCAACAGCAAGAGCCAGGCCAACGGCCUCUACGCCUGCCAAAACAUCCCGCCUCGGCUCCGCGCACACCCGGUGCUGUCCUACGUCCCUUGGUUUGUUCUGCCCGUCUUCGACUCGACCAUUCUCGUCCUCUCUCUUGUCGGCCUCCACCGCGCCACGGCGAAGCGCACCGCCUCCAAGCUGGAACGCAUGUUCCGCUUCGACAACCUCCUCUACUACGUCGUUUCGCUCAUCCUGGUACUGCCCAUCCCCAUCUACUACCUCGCCGUGGGCCGCGACGGCCGCAUGUGGCCCUACACCAACCUCUACAUCACCCUCUCGAGCGCCCUCUCCUGCCGCAUCUUCAUCAACCUCUGGAAAGCCAUCGGACAGGAGCUUGCAUCGGCCAACACCUAUACCCGCUCCCGCGAUACCGCCGCCGACGACGAUGCCUACAGCACCCAGCGCCGGACGCACGGUGCCAACAGCUUAGGUGUGCCAACGGUCGAGCUACGAGCUCAUCGCUCCGCCAUGACGAACCGCAGCCAGCUCACCGACGAUGAGGGCGACGACGGGGAGCUCGGCAUACCGUCCGACUUCGAUAACCAAGAGGCCUCGAGCUCCGACAAGAAGGAUCCCUCCGUCACGACCGAGAACAAGGUUCAGCAUCACCGCGUCGUACCGCAGUGGACGGAUGUGGAUCCGGACCUGGCCUUCAGCCUGCGAGGCGCCCAGAUGCUCGACGACGUCGAAAAGAACGGCCCGGGCCUCCAGUCGUCGCCUUGA